AUGGUUGUAUCAGUUGCCCUUCUUUUGCCCAUCUGGCUCAAACCAGCUGACAUAGUAGAUGUUGACCUUGGCCUAGUUAAUAAGCAUCUGGAAGGCUUCACGGAGUAUGUGAACCCACUGUUGAAGCAGGUCCUACCGCAGUCACUCGGAGAUUGCGCUUCCGCUACCCAUGUAGCUCCUCGUCCAUGCGUUGGAGCAAUGCCUCUUGCCUACAUUCGGACGGACAUUUACGAAGCUACAGCCCGCUGGGCCACAGGACUUAAGACAACGGAGCUGCAUACAGCGCGUUUCGAAGUAACUCCCAAAGGCAGGAUUACGUUUACAAUUACUGGAAAAAUUAACUCCCUAUCCUUGUCCUUACGGAUUGGAGGGUGCUUUUAUGGAGAAGAUCACGGGAAGUGCCCUGUGUUGUGGGACGGCACUGACGGUUGCUGCGGAGAUGACAUCACGUUCAUGCUUGAGAUGAGUGCCAGGUGCAGUAGUUCAUUUCCGUAUCUCGCCGACGCAAAUUUUUUGCGCACGCAUAUUUCCAGGCUUGUCGUGAAAGAAAAGGUUUUGGGAAUUUUCUCCAUGGAAUUGACCGAUAUAACGCAAAUUGUCGAAGACCAGUUGUCGGAGUGGGCCCGAACCUACUUGGAUCCAAAGAACAAAUGGAUUCAGUGGAAAAAUGGAACGGCUCUAAGUGUUAUCAAUCUCUUGAAUGUGUUACUAGAUAUAAAUGCACCAGCUGGAAUCAUAUGUCCUCGCGCACAGUGA